UUUUCAGUUAUAUUUCUCUUCACAUUUUGGCAUCCAAAAAAACUAAAGUGUCAAAAAACAAAAAAAAAAAAAAUAUGGCAUCCACAUCUGCUGCAUUGGUUAAUGGCUUGGGAUCCGCCUUCUUGACCGGUGGCAAGAAGAGCCAGGCAUUGUUGUCCGCCCCCUUUGCCGCCAGAACCUCCGGUGGUGCCGCCGCCGCCGCUCCCAAGAGACUCGUCGUUGUGGCUGCCGCCGCCAAGAAGUCUUGGAUCCCCGCUGUCAAGGGUGGCGGCAACCUCCUCGACCCCGAGUGGCUCGAUGGCUCGCUCCCCGGCGACUUCGGGUUCGACCCAUUGGGACUCGGAAAAGACCCGUCUUUCCUAAAAUGGUACAGAGAAGCGGAGCUGAUCCACGGACGAUGGGCCAUGGCGGCAGUCCUCGGCAUCUUUGUCGGCCAGGCCUACAGCGGCAUCCCCUGGUUCGAAGCAGGAGCUGCCCCGGGGGCUGUGGCCCCCUUCUCGUUCGGAACCCUCCUCGGGACCCAACUCCUCCUCAUGGGGUGGGUGGAGAGCAAGAGGUGGGUGGAUUUCUUCAACCCGGAGUCGCAAUCCGUGGAGUGGGCCACCCCAUGGUCCAAAACUUCGGAGAAUUUCGCCAACUCCACCGGCGAGCAGGGUUACCCCGGCGGCAAAUUCUUCGACCCGUUGAGCUUCGCGGGUACCCUCAAGGACGGAGCCUACAUUCCGGACGACGAGAAGCUCGACAGACUCAAGCUUGCCGAGAUCAAGCACGCCAGGCUGGCGAUGGUGGCUAUGCUCAUCUUUUACUUUGAGGCUGGCCAAGGGAAAACUCCCCUUGGUGCACUUGGCUUGUAAAAAAUGGUGUCUUUCAAUUGUGUAAAAAAAGAAUUUUCCCAAUCAGACAAAAAAAAAAGAGAAUCUUGAAUCUUGAAUCUU